UUUCGUAUCCUGGUUCUUCCUCACCAAAGGGUGAAGGAAGAAGCGUUUUUUGUGUUUUGAGUCCCCCACACGGAGCGUUGCCUGCUUGGACUUAGAGCUUGAGGGGAAAUGGAGUACAGUGGAGGAGGAAACUGGACUAUGAUCCCGACUCACAACUCCAACCUUACGCAAUCCAACCAGGACCCUCUCUUUCUCCAUCAACAGCAGCAAUUUCUACAGCAGCAGCACCAAACCUUUCAACCUCAACCUCCGCAAUCUCAAUUUCCACCACCACAGCAGCAGCAGCAGCGUCUUCUCCAACAUCAGCCGCAGCCGCAGCUCCAGCAACAGCCGCCGCAACAGCAACAGAAUCCUCACCAGUCCCUAGCUUCUCAUUUUCAUCUCUUGCAUUUGGUGGAGAAUUUGGCAGAGAUUGCCGAACAUGGGACUAGGGAUCAGCAAUCAGAUGCAUUGAUUAAUGAAUUAAGCAACCAUUUCGAGAGGUGCCAGCAGUUGUUAAACUCAAUUUCAGGCUCCAUUAGCACCAAGGCCAUGACAGUUGAGGGGCAGAAGAAGAAGCUAGAGGAAAGUGAGCAAUUGCUAAAUCAGCGAAGAGACUUGGUUGCCAAAUACCGAAAGUCUGUGGAAGAUCUUGUUAAAUCGGAGCCGUCUGCGAAGUAAAAUGUUCUUCUUGCCAUGAUUACUCCUGGGGAAAGAUUGUUGAUUGCAGAAGCUACUUCUUGACUUCCUGAUAACUUGGAUUCAAUAAUCCCAUUCUCAGUGAGCAAAUCCACAUCACCAGGUGUGUCCACAAGACUGUCGAGGACAAAGACAUAGUCAUUCACAUAAUUAUCAUGCGAGUGGCAAUAUUCAUAUGCAAUGAGAUUUCUCAGAAGAAUAUCCAGGGUAUCUUUCAUUGUGAAGUAUGGAAUCUCCAAGACUCCAUCUUUGAAUGUUAUAUCAAAAAUGCUCCCAUUUUUCUUCGCCUUGAACUUGACUCCAGCUUGGUGUAACUGUGUUGCAGUGGGCAUAGUGAAGGACUUUGAUUUAUUUUUGGAUGGCAUCUCUUGGGGCAAAUAACAAAUUCUGGCAAAAUGAACAAAAUGAUGUAUUUCCGUUCGAUCCAGUUUUCCCUCAACAUUGAAGUUAUCCAUAUGCAACAAAUAAUCUAAUUUCUUUCUGAAGAACUCACAGGUCAGCUUGACUGCUAAACGUCGAACAUCAUCUUUUGUGGGAAUGUCUGAUUCAGCUAAUGAAAGAAGAUCCUCAAUGAUGAAGAAAGGAACUUGAUUUUCAAGUAAAAUCAUAUCAUUUUUGAUGAAGUAUAGCUUCCUGGGGCUUCCAAAGAAAUGAUCAUGCUGAUUCCGCAACUGGUGAUUGCCAAAGCUAUUCCUAAAGAAUAGUUCGAGAAUGAAAGUUGCAUCUACCAGGAUGAUCUCAAUAAACUUGUCACUAUCAAAUUCAAUGAGAUCUGCAUAAUAACUUCGUAACAUCUCUUCUUUGCCCUUCAAUAGUUGUACACAGUCCUCUAGGCUUGCCUGAGUACGUGAUAGGAAGUCUUUUAGGUAUCUCAUUUUGUGUUCUUCCAUGGGCUUAAGCUUUGGACUGUUGUGAUGGAGUGGACCAAUUGAAAUAACUUGAGGAGUGAAGGCCUUUUCCUUUCGUUCACGUAGUUGUGGAGGAACUCUAAAAAUGCUACAUUUAUUAUGGGACAAUGGAGAAAGCUUCUCCAAUUUGUCCUUCAAUUUGGCCAGUGAAUCUGACAGCACAUUUUCCUCGAUGGUGAUGUGUUUGCAA